GCCAACAGCGAUGCGUAGUGAGUAGUGAGUAGCACAAUUUUCAUGCGUACAGUUCACAUUGAAAUUAUGCGUGAUCGUCUUUCAUCACAAAAGUCUAUGCUUAUGAUUUGACCUGUUUCUGCUCCAAUCUGAUAUCAAAUUUCAGGGUCUGUAUUGAGUCCUUGAUGAGAGGGGAAGAAAAUGUGGCUGCUUCAAGUAUAUAAAGACAACAAAUGUGGUGGUGUACCUUAUUCUGUGCUCAGUGGUUCACCAACUCUGAAUCCCAGUUAUCAUUUUCUGUUAUUCGAUUACAAAAAAUCAACUCUGAUAUUUGUUCCAUACAUUUCUCUACACUAUUAAUUCGGAGUUACUUUUAAAAUAAUAGUUUAUUUAUACGUAAGUUAUUUUUAAUCAAAUAACACAUCAGUUCACAUCAAGAUCUCAAUCGAAAUGAAGCUGACUUGGACAAUUUUUCUUGAAGCUCCUUCGUCCAUUCGUCAUUUAUCCAGUUUACUGUUGUUAGCAACUCUCUUCCUAUCAGCAUACAGUUUACCCGUGAAAGAGGACUACAAGAAUAUUCAGAAUGGUACUGGGAAAAAUUUGAUAUUGGGUGGAAAACACUACCCUAUUCCGCCUGGUACUGACAAAUCACUGUAUGGAAAAUACUUCGAGGGUGAUAUCUUCAUGGAGAAGGCACCGAAACCGGGAGGGAAAAACGCAGUUUCUGAUCCUGACUUACUCUGGCCUUAUGGUGCAGUCGUUUUUAAAGUUGAUGAUAAUGUUGGAUGCCCUGAGUCACCACAAUGUGAAAUUCUCGCCAAGGCACUCAACCACUAUCAUGCAAAAUCUUGCAUCAGAUUCAAAGAAUGGACUGGCGAAGAAAAUUAUGUACACAUAUUUUUCAAUACUGAGAACAGUGGUGCCUGCUGGUCACCUGUGGGCCGCAUUGGUUCCGGUGAACAGCGAUUAUCAUUGGGCCAAAGGUGCUGGUACUUUGGAAUAAUUGUUCAUGAGCUUGGUCAUUCAAUUGGAUUUUGGCAUGAAAUGAAUCGGCCCGAUCGCGAUAGUUGGAUCUAUGUGUUUUGGAGUAACAUCAUCCCGGGAUACGAAACAGCAUUUGCAGUUCAUGACGAUAACUCAGUCGAUAUGCUGGGCGAGCGAUUCGAUUAUAAAUCUAUAAUGAUGUACGACGAGUAUGCAUUCUCUAAGGAUGGUAUCUCACCCACUCUCCAAGCGAGAAAUUAUGAAGAGAUUGGUCCCAUCUGGAAGAAGCGAGGAUUGAGUGGAAGUGAUAUAAAAAGGCUGCAAAAACUGUACAAAUGCAGAGGUAACAGACCAUUGACUGGAUUUCCUUACGACAUUACAUGCUCAUUCAAUAAAGAUACAUGUGGAUUCAAAAAUGGCUUAACUGCAGCUUGGAAUUGGAGAACAGUAAACUCUACAGAUGGCUACGUAUAUACAUCAUACGAAUCAGCAGGAGGAGCGCUUGGUCAAUUCACGUCUGUCAAUUUUCAUCCAAUAAGCUCAAAAGACAAGACAAGGGGACCACUGGGGUGUGUUCGAUUUUGGUAUCUAUUGCAAGGAGAUGGAAAAGCUUCUAUUAAGUUGCAACAUUCAUACCUUCAGAAAGUGACACAAUUGAAUCCUGAUCCGGAUACGACUUUUGAUCUAUGGGAGAACGAUACUGUAACAGGUGACUGGAUUCAUGUGGAGGUGCCUUUCUACAUAACCAGGCCAUUCAAGCUUAUUUUCCAAUCGCAGUUUGAGUCAGAGGCGAGUUAUGGAACAAUAGCAUUGGAUGAUGUGGAAAUACUUUACUCACAGUGUACCAAUGACACAAUAAUUACCGCGUCAAUAUCAUCGCUUGGCUCCAACACCCAACAAUCGGUCACCGACCAUCCCAUCACAUCCAAGUAUCAAGCUCCUCCUCCCCCUCCGCCAACUCCUGACUCCAAACCAGAAACGAGCACUUUACAGGACGAAUCUAAUGAAAUGCUUUUUGACGAAGGAAUUGAAAGUGAUGAAAACGGAGAAGAUUAUCUCACAAACAAAGUGAAAGUAUGAAACAGAUCCUGGAAAAGUUAAUUCUUGUGAAAUUAUUGAGCCAUGUUAAAUAAAAAUGGUUAUUUAUUAUCUUUUGAGAGAGAUGUGUGUUU